CACUAAUGGCAACCAGCACAGGAGAAUGCGCUAGCCAGACAAGCAGAGUACGCUCGCGGAUGUAUACGACCCGGUAUUGCCUUUAGCGGCAAAGGAGAGCGAAAUUUGAUCAUUUCGGAGAGAUAUUUCUAUUUUUCUUAGUUCUUCAGUCAGUUGGAUCCAGUAACGAUGGCCCUGCGAUUGGGGAUUUCCUUAUUGUGCCUCUAUGGAGCGAUGUUAACUGUACAUUCCAGCAACCCGCUGCCUGCAGAUGGAGACGCCUGGGCGAAGGCGAGGGCUCUGCGUGAUGAGAGCAGGUUCCUAGGGAAAGAAAACACGGUCCCGGUUCGGUUGAUCUACCGAAUGGACAACGACAGUCAAACUGCACACGAUAUUCUCAACACACGGGUGCGAGGGACCCCAUCCGACGUCAAACAGAAUCACCACGUGGCACAAACAAGUUUCCAAGUGGAUGCUUUCGGCCAAACGUACAUUUUAGACGUUGAAUUGAACCAUGAUCUCCUGUCUUCAAAGUAUGUGGAGAGACACGUAUCGGAGGAAGGGAAGUCAAUCACCUCCAAAGGAGGGGAGCACUGCUAUUACCAUGGAAAAGUCCGUGACAUUCCUGAAUCAUUUGUGGCCCUCUCCACCUGCCAUGGACUACAUGGGAUGUUCUUUGAUGGGAAUCACACAUACAUGAUUGAGCCAGGAGGAGAAGACAGUGACAGUGAGGAUGUUCAUAUACACAUGGUUUAUAAGUCUCCAGGUUUCAAGCCUCCUGAAGACUACAUGCCUCCAAUCAGUCUGGCUGAGUCACCAUUUCAGGAGUCCCCUCUGUUCACAGGGGCAAGUCACAGAAGAAGAAAGAGACAGGUGUUGAGAAAGUCACGCCGAGUUGAAGAUGAGACCAAAUAUAUUGAGUUGAUGGUUAUCAAUGACCACCUCAUGUACAAGAAACAUCGGCUCUCGGUUGGACAGACCAAUAACUAUGCCAAAUCAGUGGUGAACAUGGCCGAUCUCAUCUUCAAAGAGCAGCUCAACACCAGGAUAGUCUUGGUUGCUAUGGAGACAUGGGCAGCAGAUAACCGGUUUAACAUAAAUGACAACCCAAUGGUGACUUUGAGAGAGUUUAUGAAGUACAGACGAGACUUCAUCAAAGAUAAGAGCGACUCUGUCCACCUUUUCUCAGGGAACCGUUUCCAUAGUAACUGGGGGGGAGCUUCUUACAUGGGAGGAGUGUGCUCACUCACCAAAGGGGGCGGAGUCAAUGAGUACGGCAAAACGGAGGAAAUGGCCAUUACUCUCGCUCAGUCGUUGGGCCAAAAUAUUGGCAUCUUCUCUGACAAAAAGAGGAUCCUAAAUGGAGAAUGCAAGUGUGAUGAUAGAUGGUCUGGCUGUAUAAUGGAUGAUGUUGGUUUCUACUUGCCCAAGAGAUUUUCUGAUUGUAAUGUGGAGGAGUAUCACAAUUUCCUCAACAGCGGAGGUGGUGCAUGUCUCUUCAACAAACCCUCAAAGCUGCUCGAUCCUCCAGAGUGUGGAAAUGGUUUCGUCGAACCAGGAGAAGAGUGUGACUGUGGAACCCCAGCGGAGUGUCAGAGAGAGGGUGAGAACUGUUGUAAGGAGUGCAAACUGACUCAGGGCUCCAAGUGCAGUAACGGCUUAUGCUGCAAGAAUUGCCAGAUGGAGUUUAUGGGUGUAAUAUGCAGGGAUGCUGUGAAUGACUGUGAUAUUCCAGAAAACUGCACCGGAAACUCCAGCCAGUGUCCUCCAAAUGUACAUAAAAUGGAUGGUUACACCUGUGAGAAAGACCAGGGUCGAUGCUUUAAUGGCAGAUGCAAAAUGAAGGACAGACAGUGCAAAUACAUCUGGGGAGAAAAGGCCACAGCUGCGGACAAAUUCUGUUAUGAGAAGCUGAACAUUGAGGGAACAGAAAAGGGGAAUUGUGGGAAAGAUAAAGAUACAUGGAUUCAGUGCAAAAAACAGGAUGUGCAUUGUGGGUAUCUCCUUUGCUCCAAUAUCUCUCCAGCACCCAGACUGGGAGAGCUUCAGGGAGGCCUGACGUCUUUCUCCGUAGCCCAGCACGGUGCUUCACUGGACUGCAGUGGUGGUCAUGUGAUGAUUGACGGGAACACUGAUCUGGGUUAUGUGGAGGACGGCACUGCAUGUGGAACAGACCGCAUUUGCUUCAACCACAGAUGUCUCCCUGUACAGGAGUUUAACUUUAGCACCUGUCCUGGAACUACUGAGAACCUCAUCUGCUCUGGACAUGGGGUGUGCAGUAAUGAGCUGAAAUGUGUGUGUCACCUGGGCUGGGCAGGUGAUGACUGUAACUCCACCUCUCCACUCAGCUACCUGGUGGUAGGACCCACCGCCACUUCCUCAGGCAUCAUCAGCACCAACAUCAUCAUCGGAGCUAUUGCCGGAUCCAUUCUCGUCCUUGCGCUUAUACUGGCAAUCUCUGCAUGGGGAUACAAGAGCUACAAGCAAAGAAGGUAUGUUGAGUCACAGGUGCACCGAAGAUUUUGUAGACCUGUGCCGCCGGGCGACUACGUGAAGAAACCGGGCGACGCUGACUCAUUCUACAGCGAUAUGCCACAGGGUGUGAGCUCCAACUCGGCCAGCAGCUCCAAGAAGAGGUCGGCUUACCUGUCGCACCUGCAGAUAUGCACCCGUUCCUUCACUCCAUCCAUCCCCUCUAUCAGUCAAAACAUCUCUCUGUUCGGUUUCAGGUCCAACGGUUUGUCCCACUCCUGGAGUGAAAGAAUCCCAGAUGCUAAACAUAUCUCUGAUAUCUGUGAAAAUGGAAGACCCAGGAGCAACUCAUGGCAAGGGAAUCUGAGUGGGACUCGUAAGAAGCUGAAAGGAAAGAAGUUCCGUCCUCGCUCUAACUCUACAGAGACACUGUCGCCAGCCAAGUCACCCACCUCAUCCACGGGCUCCAUCGCCUCCAGCCGACGGUACCCUUAUCCUAUGCCUCCUCUCCCGGACGAGGAGCGGAAAGCCAACAGACAGAGUGCCAGGCUCUGGGAGACAUCAAUAUAAAGAAGCUUCUCUGUACUCUGCAAAACUACUUAAGAACUACAUUUUCCUCUGCUUUUGUAUGAAUGAGAAAAAUGAAACAGAAACAAAAAAGGAAAUAAAA